AUUAAAUGUAUAAAGUAGAUUGGAAUCAGGUGCCUGAUAUAGCAAAACUUGAUGAUGAGCAGAUGAAGCAAUUAAAUAUGAGAAAUAAGUUCCAUAGUCUACCUUAGAAUUAAUGGUUUAAAAGUAGGUAUUUCGAUAAAGUGAAACCAUAAUAUUUGUUUUACCCUGAGGAACGUAGAAUAUAGAUGGAAUUGAAACAAAUAUUUAAUGUAGAAUGUAGUGAUCAAUAUUUAGGUUUUUGAUUACAACGAUUCGAAGACUUUGGAUAUAGCAGAAAUGUUCUUAAUGUUUAAGCAUUUUGGUUUUGAAGUAAGUAAGAAUGAUUUACAGGUUAUUUACUCUUAUAUAGAUUAAGAUAGAGAUUAGGCUUUAAAUUAUUAAGAAUUCAAAGCAUUUACAGAGAAUCCAUCUGCUUUGAAAGCUUUUAGAAAUAUGAUGAUGAAGAUGUAGAAUACAUUAUAAUUGAAUGCAAUUGAAAGUAAGUAUGUUCCAUUGAGUGUUGGAGCAAUGUUAACCUAUUUAUCAUAUAUGAUAAGAAGAGAGAAAUAUAUAAAGAUUUUAUGUGACAAAGGGAAUUAGGAUGCAGAGAAGAAAUACGAAGCAUUUCGUAAUUUAAUAAUAACAAAAGAGAAAAAGACAGUUGUUGAUGAUGCUUAUGAUUUGUAUAUAAAGGCAUAAUACAAAUUGAUGAAUGCAAAAAUAAAAUCUAAUUCAUCUUUACAUCAAUUAGACAUAAAAUUAUAAUAACCAAGAUACAAUAUUUCAUUAAGUACAGUGCCUGGUUUAUAGCCUUAAUUGUUUAGAAAUAUGUCAAUGAGAGAUGUAGAUAAUAUAAGACAAUUAACAAAAGUAGUUCGAUUAUAAACCUAAUUAGAAAUCAAAUCAUAUCACAGUAUAUAGUAGAUUAUAGAUGAGAGUGAUAUUUCAGAUGAAGAAUUCUCAUAAAAAGAAAAUGAUUUAUAGAAAUUAUUGGUUAAGGCAUAAAGUGAUGGUAAACAAUAGGCUUAAGUUGUAAUUACAUAGAGAAGCAAAGAUUAACAUAAUAGAUCGUAAAUAAGUCUAUUGAGUUUGGAAUAAGUGGAUGAAGAAAUACCAAAGAUGAGAUUUUAAUUAAGAUAGUAGAAGUCAGUGCCAGCCAAAUAAUUUCUUAGAAGAUAAAUUAGAUUAAAUAAGUACGAAUAAUCUUUUGAUACAAAAUCUUUGAAAUAUCAUUAAUUGGAUCGAUCUCCUCAUUAAUCUACUUUAGCUUCAAAUGAUUUACCAUCUAAUGAUAGUGCUAUAUUCUCUAAUCGUCCAUUAAAACUACCAUAACUAUUGUGAC